CGGGUUCGGCAUCGUAGCGUUGCAGUUGGUGUGUUAGACAGGAUCCAUGGUGCGAACGUUUAGAGGUAAUCAUACCAUCUACCAGAGCUGCGGCAACACGCGAGCUAAAACAGCUUUCAUCGUGAUGGGUGAUAUGCAGAGGCGCGUGAUCGGUUGAUGGCCGAUCGACGAAAGAAUGUGCAGGUUGAGGAUCAAGCGCCGAUUCUUCAACUUCAGCAUAAUAAACGUGCACAGCCCACACUCCGGAAGUACUGAUGAAGACAAGGACGCAUUUUACGCGCAGCUCGAACGCGAGUACGAUCGCUGCCCAAGCCACGACGUCAAGAUCAUCAUAGGAGAUUUGAACGCUCAGGUAGGCCAGGAGGAGGAAUUCAGACCGACGUUUGGUAAGUUCAGCGCCCACCAGCAGACGAACGAAAACGGCCUACGACUCAUUGAUUUCGCCGCCUCCAAAAAUAUGGUUAUACAUAGCACCUUUUUCCAACACAGCCUCCCUUAUCGUUACACCUGGAGUUAACCACAGCAGACGGAAUCACAAAUCGACCACGUUCUGAUUGACGGACGGCACUUCUCCGACAUUGUCGACGUCAGGACCUAUCGUGGCGCCAACAUCGACUCCGACAACUAUUUGGUGAUGGUCAAACUGCGCCCAAACUCUCCGUCAUCAACAAUGUACGAUACCGGCGACCGCCACGGUACAACCUAGAGCGACUGAAACAAUCGGAUUUCGCAUCAGCAUACGCGCAGAAUCUCGAGGCCGCGUUGCUAGACGAGGGCGAACUCGAUGAGGCCCCUCUAGAGGCCCCUUUCAAAUCUCCUGGGGCAGAUGGGAUUUAUCCUAUUUUGCUUCAGAAGGGAUUUGAUCAUUUCAAACAUGUUUUGAAACAACUACUUGUUUGCAGUUUUGCUACAGGGUAUAUUCCCAAAUCCUGGCGGGAUAUUACUGUGAAGUUUAUUCCGAAAGUGGGUCGCGCGUCGUAUGAAGAAGCAAAGAGCUUCAGACCUAUCAGUUUGACCUCUUUUCUUCUGAAAUGUUUAGAACGCAUAGUCGAUCAUCACAUCCGUGAUGUUCAUCUGGCCAAUGUGCCUCUUCAUGUGAACCAACAUGCUUACCAAUCUGGAAACUCCACUGUGAUUCUUUUACACAAAGUUGGUUACGUUACGAUAUCGAGAUGGCUCAAAAGCAAUCCUGCUUGGGUGUUUUCUCAGAUAUCGAGGGUGCCUUUGACAACGUGCCUUUCGAUGCCAUACUGGAAGCCACAUGGGGUCACGGUAUAUCUCCAAUGAUUUCCAAUUGGAUUCACCAAAUGCUCCAAAACCGACAUCUCUUCUCGACAUUGCGUCAAGCGGCGAUUAGGAAAUUGAGUGUUUGUGGAUGCCCCCAAGGGGGAGUCUUAUCACCACUUUUAUGGAAUCUCGUAGCAGAUACGCUAUUGAGGCAACUCAAUAAUAGCGGUUUUCCUACUUAUGGUUUUGCCGACGACUACCUAACAUUGUUAGUCGGUAUGUGCAUCAGCACCCUUUUCGACCUGAUGCAAAACGCUCUUCAGGUAGUUGAGGGUUGGUGUCGCCAAUAUGGCCUUUCGGUAAAUCCGAGUAAAACAUCUAUUGUUCUUUUCACGGAAAAGCGAAACCGUAAUGGUGUUCGAACUUUACGUCUCUUUGAUUCUGAAAUCAAUGUGACUGAACAGGUAAAGUACGUUGGAGUCAUUCUUGAUUCCAAGCUUUCCUGGACACCUCAUGUUGAGUUCAGAAUCAAGAAAGCUUGUAUGGCCUUCGGGCAAUGCCGGCGAACCUUUGGUACAACUUGGGGUCUAAAACCCAAGUAUAUCAAAUGGAUCUACACAACUGUUGUUCGGCCAAUAUUGGCCUAUGGAUGCCUUGUGUGGUGGCAAAAGGGCGAAGUGAGAACGGUCCAAUCAAAGUUAGGCCAUCUCCAAAGGAUGUGCUUAAUGGCGAUGUCUGGAGCGUUCUCUUCAACUCCCACGGCAGCUCUCGAAGUUCUCUUUGACGUUGCCCCACUACACAUUCAUCUCAAACAAGAAGCACUUUCUUGCACUUACCGCCUAUGGGUACUCGGUUUACUAGAGGAAACUCCUGUGAACCGCAGUUCAACACACACCUCGUUGUUUCCACUUUUGGUGAAUUGGGACAAAGUUGUCCUUGCUCCAAGUGAUCUUACAAUUGCUUGUAAUUCUCCAUAUAGGACAUUUUCCACGAAAUUCCCUUCCCGGGAAGAGUGGACAUCUGGUUAUCUGGAGAGAAGUAUUUCAGACGGCAUCGUAUGUUACACUGAUGGCUCCCUUCUCGAAGGUCGAGCAGGUGCUGGUGUUUAUUCUCGUGAGCUAAGGCUGUAUCAGUCUUAUUCACUUGGCAGACACUGCACCGUUUUUCAGGCCGAAAUCUUUGCUCUUAUGUGCGGAGUGCAAUCAGCACUUCAGCAGCACGUAAUGGGCAAAGUAAUAUAUUUCUGUUCAGAUAGCCAGGCUGCUAUUAAAGCACUUGCUUCGGCCAACUCCAGGUCGAAGAUAGUUAUCGCUUGUCGAACUCAAAUUGAGGAGCUGAAUUCAGCAAACGCUGUUCACCUUGUAUGGGUACCUGGCCAUUCUUCCAUCGCUGGAAAUGAAUUGGCUGAUGAGUUAGCUCGCACUGGAGCAUCACAUGACUUCAUUGGCCCUGAGCCAGCUAUUCCGGUAUCCAAGUGUUGGGUGAAGCUUCGGAUUGACACGUGGGCUGCCACUCAGCACAAACAAUACUGGAAUAGUUUGGAGUCAUGUCGUCAAACAAAAUUGUAUUGUACUGAGCCAUCUCUAGGGGUGGCAAAGUAUCUAACAAAUCUGUCAAAGCAGAAUUGCAGCAUGCUGGUCAAAGCAUUGACUGGCCACUGCCGACUCAGUUCUCACAUGGCGAAUAUUCAGCAAGCUGAUUCAUUUGCUUGUGAUAGCUGUGAAUCCGAUUAUGGAACUUCGUAUCAUUUAAUAUGUAACUGUCCAGUUUUUGCGCAAUUGCGUUUCCGAGUACUCGGGAAACACUUAUUGAGUGAAACUGACUUCAGAAACCUGAAUCUUCAGGACGUUCUGUUGUUCUUGACCCGCUGUUGUAAAGAGCUAUAGGCUCUCUUUACGCUUUAUGCAUUAUCACAGUGCCCUUUUCAGGGCGCUGUUCGAACCCAUUGUGGCACGCUUAUGCGUUAUUACAGUGUCCUUUUCAGGACGCUAUGUGAACCCAUUGUGGUACGCUUUUGCGAGUAUGACUAUCCUAUUCCCUUACCUGUCCUUUCCCAUGUCCUAUCCUUUUUCCUUCCCUUCUCCGUCAGGUAAAUGAUGAAUAGGCUCGUGUUCAUGGCGAUGGCACAAAUUUCCCGAAUGGAGGAGAACGUGCCUCUAGAGCCGACCUACUGAUACCUGAUACCUGAUACCCCUCUAGAGGACUGCUGGAGUACAGACAGUGAAAGCAGCCAUCAACGACGCAGCCGAGAGCACCAUCGGGUACGUGGAACGGAAUCGACGGAACGAAUGGUUCGACGAAGAGUGCAGAACGGUUUUGGAGGAGAAGAACGCAGCGAGGGCGGUAAUGCUGCAGCAAGGGACUCGACAGAACGUGGAACGUUACAAACAGAAGCGGAAACAGCAGACCCGCCUCUUUCGGGAGGAAAAACCCCGCCUGGAAGAAGCGGAGUGCGAAGAAAUGGAACAGCUGUGCUGUUCUCAAGAAACACAGAAGUUCUAUCAGAAGCUCAACGCAUCCCGCAACGGCUUCGUGGCGCGAGCCGAAAUAUGCAGGGAUAAAGAAGGAGGCCUCUUGACGGACGGACGUGAGGUGAACGAAAGGUGGAAGCAGCACUUCGAUCAGCACCUGAAUGGCGUGGAGAACGUAGGCACGGGAGACCACGGCAACGGAGGAAACGACGACGCCAGGACAGCGGAGGACGUAAAAGGAAACAACUCUCACGCUGAGGGAAGUUAAGGAUGCCAUUCACCCGCUCAACACCAACAAAGCAGCUGGUAAGAAUGGUAUCGCAGCUGAACUCAUCAAGAUGGGCCCAGAAAAGUUGGUCACCUGUCUGCAUCGGCUGAUAGUCAGGAUCUGGCAAACCGAACAGCUACCGGAGGAGUGGAAGGAAGGGAUAAUCUGCCCCAUUCACAAGAAAGGCGACCUUUUGGAAUGUGAGAACUUCAGGGCGAUCACUAUUUUGAAUGCUGCCUACAAAGUGCUAUCCCAGAUCAUCUUCCGUCGUCUGUCACCUAAAACAAACGAGUUCGUGGGAAGUUAUCAAGCCGGCUUCAUCGACGGCCGGUCGUCAACGGACCAGAUCUUUACCGUACGGCAAAUCCUCCAGAAAUGCCGUGAAUACCAGGUCCCAACGCAUCACCUGUUCAUCGACUUCUAGGCGGCAUACGACAGUAUCGACCGCGCAGAGCUAUGGAGAAUCAUGGACGAAAACGGCUUUCCUCGGAAGCUGACUAGACUGAUUAAAGCAACGAUGGACGGUGUGCAAAACAGCGUAAAGGUUUCAGGUGAACUAUCCAGUUUAUUCGAAUCUCGCCGGGAACUGCGACAAGGUGAUGGACUUCCAUUAGCCUGGUACACGGUUUAUAUGGGAAAAUACAAAAAAUGGAAAAACUCUAACUCCUGUAUACUUUUUGAGUUCCUCUUUGGUCCCAUAUCAACUGUGCAAAAUUUCAGAUCGAUCCGAAAAACUAUAUUUUAGCGCCCGCCAUUCUUAGUUUUUCAUACGAUUUACUAUGGGGAAAUUUUACAUCUGCAAAGAAAAAUCGCUAGGAGUCACCCCUAGAUCCCAAAAAAUAAGUCGAUGAAUGAUUUCUGUAGAUAACUUCACGAGGAAUCAGACCUCCAAAGACCGCAAACCGAUGCGACGUUUGUGGAAAAAGUUAUUAAGCCUCACCCGAUUGAUAAAAUGACGAGAUUUUAUUAUUUAUUGUUAUUCCUUACAUGUUAAAGAGCAUUGGCAAGCCGUUCGGUUUUCAGUUUAUAACUUUUUCCACAUGCGAUAGAUCGCUUUGCGGUCUUCGGAGAGUUUAUUCCUCGUAAAAUUUCCAACAGAAAUCAUUCAUCGAUUUAUUUUUAGGGGUUAAGGGGCAACCUGUGGCGAUUUUUCUUUGAAAAAGUGAUUUUCCCCAUAGUAAAUCGUAUGAAAAAUUAAAAUGGCUGGCGCUAAAAUAUAGUUUCUCCGAUCGAGCUGAAAUUUUGCACAGUUGAUAUGGGACCAAAAAGGAACUCAAAAAGUGUACAGGAGUAAAAUAUCUUUCGGUGUCCCACUCUAACUUCCAUGCCUACUCUUCAACAUCGCUCUGGAAGGUGUGAUGCGACGAGCCGGGCUCAACAGCCGGGGAACGAUUUUCACAAAAACCGGACGAUGUGUGUGCUUUGCGGACGACAUGGACAUUAUUGCCAGAACAUUUGGAACGGUGGCAGAGCUGUACACCCGCCUGAAACGCGAAGCAGCAAAGGUCGGACUGGUGGUGAAUGUGUGUGUGUGUGUGAUCCAACUAACCCCCACUGUCCGGCAGUGGUAUUAUGGAAGAAAGUUUUCUGCAAUAUCAUUUUGAUGCUUUUGCAAAAAGCUUUAGUCCGGGAGUUAGAAGGUGAUUGCUCUAUUGCAGAUUCAGAGACCCAUUUCAGAAUGGCUGGAGAGACACGUCCAUUCAGAAGUCACUUUCACUUACAAUAAGCCCCGCAUGUGUACAUUACCGUUAUCAUUUGGAUAAUGAUAAUGCAAACACACUUCCUGAUUCAAAGAGAAUCUUUGAAACUGGCGCGUAUUUAGUUCAUUUUGUUGUAGUAAAAGUAAUCGGAACAUUCUCACCGGAAUCCAUCCAAUCCAAGGUAGCGCUGCCAUCACCAAGGCAACGUCUUUAUUGUGCAGUCAGGCUUCUUCUUCGUCUCGCCACCGUUGCGCUUGCAGUCAGUCAUCAUUGGAACACACGUCACUUUAGCCCCCACGAAAUUAUGAAUGUUGAGCCACACGGGAUGAUUCUCUAAUCCCUCGCGAACCACUGAUGGCAUGGUGGUAGUUUAAUAGCCACAUACGUAAAAAAACACGGAACAAAACUGCAAUCAUAGGGACUUUACAAUGAAAAACUACUGGAAGGCGUAGCGCCAUUGUCCGUUCUACGUGAAAACGCGAAAUAGACGGCACAUUCCUAUGAGUAGAAACGAAUUUCAGCACCGUUUCCGAACCCGAACUAAUUUAGCAGCGGCGUUCAAACACACACCAUCUUUGAAACCCCCCGCUAUCGCACGAGUCAUUUGGAAAUGAUGAAUCUUUUCGAAAUCAAUAAAUCCACUAUUGAAAUUCUCACAGAACAAGCAGUCUUUCACACGCGGAAGCUAUCCGGAUGGCGUAGCACCUGCCAAACCGUCGGCAGAAUCACAAAAAAAAAAUUGGCGAACGCGAAAGAAACGCGACGAGCAAAACAAAACACGUCUGCACGCGGCUACGCCUACUGCGCUCCCCGUAUUUGUCGAUGCUAUCCGGUGCACAGGCACUCAGCUUCAAAGGUCGGACUGGUGGUGAAUGCUCCAAAAAUAAAGUACAUGCAACACGACCGGAUCCGUCUGGGUAGUAAUGUUACGAUAGACGGGGAUAUUUUCGAGGUGAUGGAGGAAUUCGUCUACCUCGGAUCCUUACUGACGGCUGACAACAACGUGAGCCGUGAAAUUCGAAGGCGGGAAAUUAGCCUCACUGAACAUUUGCUCGCUUGGCGGUAUUGUUGCUACGGAUGACGCUGUGAUGAUUUUGUCGGGGAUGGAUAUCUGCACACAUUUCUGCUUUAGGUGUGCAGAUAGGCCGCACCGCCUGUAGGUGCGAACUCGGUUCUGGUGCUCAACAAAACAGACCUCAUUUGUGAUCGAGAGGAAAGACGGAAUGCGAUGCUUUAUUCUCAUCUGCUGCACUCGAACUCCGUUCGGCAAUCCAGGAAAGUAAAACCUCCAACGUUCGCUUUGUACCGAAAGCACAUAUCCGAACUGCAUCUUGAAAUCGGCCACCGUGAUGUGUGGUACAGAAGGAGGAAGAUCGUGUACUCGUACACUAACUGUCUCACUGUCCAUGAACAUUGGAAUUUUAAACAGCUUGCCUUUACAAGCAAAAACUCGCUUGUGUGAGUUUACAUAACGCUGCGCAGUAUCACGGUCCACCAUUUCGAUGUAAACACAUUUUCGACUGUUGUGGAACUGUACACUCUUGACAUCCGAUAGGUUCAGCUUGAUUUCGUGUUCCAGGAACUGGCGGAUUUUCCCAACUUCUGGACGCGAUGACAGAACACUAAAAUCUACCACCAGAGUGUUUCUACGGACCACACUCAUUCUGAUCGAUACGAAGCACCGAAGAAAAAGCACGAUCGAAUGCUGCGAGUAACGGCUCUCAACUGAGACCAUUCGAUAUGUAUGCAUGUUUCCUUUCUAAAUGUCGGUAUCUCCCUAUCUCGAUGCGAUCUCGUUCGUUUUUGUUCUAGGUUUUCUCUCUAUAUGUCGAAAUGCCCAUUUUUAAAGUAUUAUACUAGACCUCAGUUUUUGGCACCAUUUGAGUAAAUGUGCAAAUGAACUUGUCGCAUUUUCACGAAAACCAUACAAAGGAACGUGGUUAGCCUCGGUAGGUCUGCUAGUUCUAUGAUAAUUACAAGUAGGUAGAAGACGCCCUGAGUUACGCAAAACAGAUAAUACUCACCAUUUCGAGAGAUAGAACUCGUACAGCUUCACCGGGCACCGCAGGGGAUUCUC